AUGACAUUCUCAUUUUUCCCCUGGCUAUUCGGCUACUCUCCUUGCGAAACCAUCGAUACUUCGUAUCCGGCAGACACAAAACUACCAUUAUCCGCAUGCGAUAACAACAACCAACUAUCCAGCGACGAAAAACAGCAAUGUAUUCAAUCUUCACAACCAACCUCCGAAAUCGACCCCGACGAAAACGCCUUCCUCUGGCAGGACGUCAACCCACCAGUCAGUCUCGCCCACCUCGCACCCUCAAACAAAGAACAAAUCCCAACGUCCCAAGUCGAAACAGACAUGGCUGCUCCCAAGGAAAAAUCCGAUGACCUCAACACCUCUACCUCCUCUCUGCCAUACUAUAAUGAUGUGAGCGGCGCCGUCGUCGUCGACUGGAACGGUCUUCCGCGAUUCCUAUCUCCACAAGAAGAAAAGGACAGACAGUCAUCGUUGGAGCGCGCAGUUCACGAAAAAAUGAUGGGUCUUCCUCGCACAAGCGAUUUCGCAUGGGCAACGCCAUGCCAAGGUGCGCCGUUGCCGAAGUAUUCACCUGCAAGUGAGAAAUAG